AACGACGAUAUUUUUCGAAGUUGGUGAGAAAAUCGUCUUGCUGAAACGAUUUCCUUUUAAGACGAUAUUUUGAUAAUAUCGUUUUAUUUGCAUCGCCUCACAGAGGAGCUGUGUCAAUGGCGGACCUCAGCCUGGCCCAGGUCUUCUUCGUCGUCAUCUUUAUCGUAAUCUUCCUUUUACUAGCCCUAAUCCUCAAACCUCAAUCUAUCAAGAUCCCAAUCAGGAACCGCCACGUGUUCAUCACUGGAGGAUCCAGCGGCAUCGGCCUCGCCCUCGCCCACCUGGCCGCUUCGGAGGGCGCUCGCGUCUCCAUCCUCGCUCGAAAUGUGGAUAGGCUCCAGGAGGCUCGAGACUCUAUCCGCCUCUCCACCGGCAAUGAUGUCGCCGUUUUCCCCGCCGAUGUCCGCGACCCCGACGCCGUCCUCCGCGCCAUCGAAGAGGCUGGCCCCGUCGAUGUGCUGAUCUGCAAUCAAGGAGUGUUUGUGCCGCGAGAACUGGAGAAACAGGAAUUGGAGGAGGUUAAGUUCAUGAUCGAUGUGAAUCUGAUGGGAACAUUUCAUUUGAUUAAGGCUGCUUUGCCGGGGAUGAAGAAUCGGAAAAGCCGUGAACCGGCGUCGAUCGCCAUUAUAUCGUCGCAGGCCGGUCAGGUGGGCAUUUAUGGUUACACAGCGUACUCGGCUAGCAAGUUUGGCCUCCGGGGAUUGGCAGAAGCAUUGCAACAGGAGGUCAUCGCACACAACAUUCUUGUCUCACUUAUAUUUCCUCCAGAUACAGACACUCCUGGGUUUGAGCAAGAGACCAAGAUGAGACCUCAGCUUACCGGUAUUAUUGCGGCCUCCUCUGGAACAAUGAAAGCUGAUGAAGUUGCCAAGAAAACUUUGAAUGGGAUCAAAUCUGGUAGUUUUAUUGUCCCUUGCAACUUUGACGGACUCUUACUGGCCAUUGCAACAGCUGGUUUAUCUCCUCAAAGAUCAGUACUGAUGGCUUUAUGUGAGGUGUUUGCUGCUGGUCCAACCCGUUUUAUAGGUCUAUGUAUCCAAUGGGGCUGGUAUAGAAGCAUAAAGAGGUGGUAUGCGCAAAAUAAUUAAUAUUAGGGACCUGGAAGUUCUUGAUGGAAGCUGCUUGCAGUGAUCAUUGAGGAUUCUUUGUCUUGAAAGAAGCUGCAAGCUGAAAUUUUUCCUACACGCCCUUUUUUCUUCUCCAGUAACAGUUGUAUGUUGAGGCUCAAAUCUCAUUUUGUAUUUUUAAAUUAAUAAGGUUGUCUCAGUACUGAAAAUCGAGGGAACUGAAAUCAUUCUGCUGAUGAGAAACUGUUCACAGUCUAAUUGAUAUUUUGAUCAAAAUCUUCAGUAGUAAA